UCUGAUGGCGUCACCACCACGCCGCUCGCAGCCGCCGCUGCUGCUGCUGUUGUUGUUGUUGUCAAAGACCCGUCGUGUCCUCUGGUUCCCUCCUCCUCCUCCGCCUCCGUCUCACUCGUAGUCCACGAUCGGUUGUCGUGUUGGUGUUGAUCGUUGAGCUCGGGUCGUCGAGACCACGUGGAGGAAGAUGUCCCACGCGAUCCAGACUCUGUCGAAGCUGCUGGACAUCGUGGCUCGGUUAAUGCAACAGCUUGGAUUAAGUGAGGAUGCGGUGAAGCUCUGCAUCAACUAUGAGAAGCUUGGCGAGGGCUGUGGUCUGGACACGCUGUCCCAAGCUCUGCAAGUGCACAUGGCAGCCCUGAAUGAACUUCAGCAGAAUCUGGGAGAGGCAAACCCAGAGCCCAUUGACGUUGACAGCCCAGAACCAAAACCCCGCGUGGGAAAACCUCCAGAAGCCUCGCCACCUACCGCUCGGCCCAAGACAGAUGACCUUGAGCCUAAACUUGUGCAGAUCCAAGCUAGAAAAGCAGAGAUUGAUAGAAGGAUAAUGGCCUUUAUGGAAAGGAAACAGCUGGAGGUGAAUGAAAACAACAUCAGGGAGUUCUGUAACGUCAUCAGCUCAAACCAAGAAAACAGCUGUGCCAGGACAGAUGCUGUAUUCACACCACGGCCUGGAAGCAUAAGCCACAUUAAAGUGUCGCGCGUCGUGAACACGUACGGCCCCCAGACGCAGCAGGAGGUGGCGCAGUCCGGCCGAGUGAGGGGCGGCAACGCCUCCGAGGAUUGUGGGAACUCGGCCGUGGAGGAGCGCCUUCAGAAUCUCGAGGAGCACCUACGUCUCCGGCAUGGUGGUCCGGUGCCAGGUAGCGUGUACGCACGUCUGCAGGAGCUGGAGAAUCGUGUGCUCCAGCUGGAGGGCUCUUCCCCCGAGUACUUUGAAUCAAUAAAUUCAUUGAAAAAACGGAAGAAAGUUCACGAUUUAUCGCAAAAAUAUACUCUCUCCGAUCUGGAUGCCAAAAUCAAUGUGCUUAGAGCAAUGCUGCUAAAGAAGAGCACCGAUACAUCAGCUCAGACUAUGGACGUGGAUUCUUCCAACCACGUCCCUUAGUGUCGCACUCCGUACGCUCACCGUUGUGCAAUGUUCUUCGACUGCCGAUCAAUUACAUUCUUUAUUCGUAUCCGUCGGAGCUUAAUUAUUGUCCGCUCUUUUUAUUAUUGCUCUGAGUAAAAAAAAAAAAUAGCGGUGUUUAGAUUUCGAUUUAAAGCUUUCGUGACUGCAGGGAUUCAUCUUCUUGGUUCUUUCGGUAAAGUCACGUAGAAGGGAAAUAAAAAAAAUAAUAAUUAUGUUUUAUUUUUAUUAUUUUAUUACUUCCCUUCUAUGUGACUUUACUGAAAGAACCAAGAAGAAAUAGCGGUGUUUUAACAUCACGGGGCUGUAAGAGUAAAGUGAUGUUGGUGUGCAGCUAUUAAGGGGACCGGCUUACGCACGAGGGAGUGCUGUCCUGCAGUUUUGCACGCCCAAGGCUGCUUUUGUCUCCCCAUUGCUAAUAUGUAACAUGCCAGGUAAUCAUUUAAGGCUGAGUUGACCAAGGGGAGGCUCAGGGUAUCUUCGGGGUUUUUCUUGGCAGUCAUGAUAAAAGACAUAAUUCUUUCUGAGAAAAAUAUGUUUGCAGAAGACAAUUUCAGGAUAUUUCUACACACGGGGAUCUGUCAGGCUGGACACUCGUUGAUCUAUUUGGCAAGUUGGAUGUGUUGUACUGGAGACCCUUGUGCCAUGCCUCUGUCUCACGCUGUACACAAUUAACAAUCGCAUAAUUUCAAUAUAUUAUUUAGCAGCAGUGGCCAUGUAGCCUGACCCCAACAGAGGCCACACACCAAUAGCUUCAUGUGACCGACAGCCAGAACCAUGAGUGGCGAAAUGUUAACUACCUUGCCUCGUAUGGAUUUUUCUCCGGGUCCUCCGCUUUUUCUCCUCUACCUUCGUAAACAUGCGUUUAGAGUAUUUGGCUGAAAUACAUUUCCACGUAAUAAGCCACUUCAUUGGAGCUAUACAUUUUUGUGGUUUGAGUGGCCGUCACGUGGCCGGUUUGUUCGCGCUGGUUGGCUGUGAAGCUUUUAAUUUUCUAGGUCGGCAUGAGUGCCCGAGCAGUAUUCACGUCUGAAUGUGUUGCCAGUGGGUGAGUGCCCCAGGCUGUUCACGCGUCUGCAGCUGUUUGUCGUUUCGAAUAAAGUUAUAUCGACAAUUUACAAAUAAGGUCUUUGUGCAGCCACACUUGGAAGUGUGUCCAGGAGGAGCACGCAGCUCGUGAGCUGCGGUUUGACCACCCCGAGUCUCCAGCUCGUUUCUAGAGCUCCUCGGUGACAAUCCGAUGUUUAUCGAUUAUCUGCACAGACGCAAUGCUGUUGGCUGCUCAAUAGGUAUCCAAAAACAUCGAAAUAUUAAAUUACUGCUCCGUUGAUUUGUGAUUAUUGUAUGUAGUUCAGGUUGAUAAAUCUACUUUUCACACCUUUUCCUGUAAUCUGCCAUGAUGUUGAGCAUGAUGACAGGGUUGACUAUGUACGGUGUGAAAUACGUUUAACAUACAUGUUUGCCCAUCUAUUUAGACCGUUAUAUGAACCGCCUGUUUAUGUAAGAUUAUAUACUGUGUAAGUAUGUUUAAACGAUAUGAAGGAUAAGCUGGAUUCACUUAAUGUGUGCGUGCAUUAACGUUGAAUGUUACCUCGAGUAGUUUUCGAUUCUGGCUAACUACAUGCUUUAAGUGGCAUGUGUAAGAAUUAAUGUCUUUCAUGUUGUAUGUAUGAGUUCACAUCACCAUUCUUACUAGGUGCAGCAAUAUCUACUGCAGUAGCAACAAAAAUGCUUAAUCUGAAUCACAACACUGAAAUGAAAAUGAGGGUUAAUCAUUCCUACCGCUAAUGUGCAUAUGUCAACUUUUUAUCCAUGAACAGUAUUUUUAUCUACAAACAUUCCAAGUCUGGUACUUUUGAGUCGUUAACAUAUUCUGUACAAGUGCUUGUCAAUUUUUUUUAAAUAAAUGUGUAAAAUGUUAGGUCGGUGAAA